ACAACCCAGAGGGACGUGUGCAGCAGCAUAGCGUGACACCUGCUGCUGUAGCGUCAGUGCCGAGGAGCGCGUUGCCAUCUCCCGCUCCCCCUAGCCCACCGCAACUGGUGGAAACAUGGAGGCAGCAUUAGACACCCGCUGCCCCGUGUGCCUGGACAACUGGGACAGCGCAGCAUACACCAUGCCGUGCUGCCACCAGUUCUGCUUCCCCUGCAUCCAGCGGUGGACUAGCACCAGGCCACAGUGUCCGCUUUGCAAGCAGGCUGUGGAGUCCAUCAUCCACACGGUGCAAGCGGACAACAACUACGAGGAGCUGGUCCUCAGACCAGCUGCCGCGGCGUCCGUCGCCACACAGAGCCCCGCAGGCCCCCGCGCAGCCCGGCCUUGGCCUGCAGUGCCCAGGAGUCCUCUGGGUGGCCUCUCCUCUGCCACCUGGGCUUCCCUUUUCCGGGAGCACCCGGCCCUGCUGCAGCCCCUGCGCUCCUGGCUGCAGCGGAAGCUGCGCCACAUCCUGGGCACUGAGGAGCCACACGCAAAUACGCUGGCCGACAGUGUCAUCUCGGCCCUGCGCCUCGUUGGCCUGGAGGAGGAGAUCCUGAGAGAAAGGCUGGAUCUCCACCUGCGGGGCCACACACGGAGCUUCAUAAGGCAGUUCAUCGCCUUCGCUGUGCACAGGUGCGGCAGGGAGGCCCACCGCCUGCUGGGCUUCAACGUCGCCCCUGCUGCUGGGGCACGGGAUGCCGCUGCAUCAGAGCCCAGAGCUGCCCCACAAGACGAGGCUCCUGGCCCUGGCCCAGCACCCUCCAGCAGCCGCGCCAGCUCCAACACGGGGGGAAUGCCGGGCACUUCAGGAGAAGUGCUCCAUGGGAGUCCCAGCCGCCUCCAUCCCAACCCUGUGACGUCCCAUCAGGAGCCAGGACAGGCUGUGACAGGGCCCUCCGCCACCAGCCUACCUCAGCGGCCACGGCGAGCCCCAAAGAGGAAGGCCAGCGACUGCCAGGCCUCAGAGCCACCAAACAAGAGGCCACCCCGCCGGCAGGAAUAGACCAGGGGCAGGCAGAGCUGAGGGGACUGGGGCCGCGCAGCAGCUGGGACACACGACGGCCCCAGUGGACCCUUGUCAUCCGUGUCCAAUUCCACCAUGGAAAUAAAGUAGAAAGAAACACUGCAAAAAUACGUGUUGGUAUUGCUAACGGCACAGGGGGUGUUGCUUCCCCAUCCUUGACGCUCCCUCCCCUUUUUCCUGCUGCCAUGCCACUGCUGCGUUCCACACAGGAACCCCACGGGAUUCGGAGAGGGGAAGCGCAAAUUUCAGCAGCACCUGGGGGGGAACAUCCCCAGGGCGCGCUACGGCUGGGGUCAGCCAGCUGGAGCAGACCUAGGAGUCCUGCUGGACGCCAGGCUGAACCAGCAGGGAGCCCAGGACGCCCUGGCAAAUGGUGUCCUGGGCUGCACGAGGCUUAACUGACUGGGAGACACGAGACUGUGUCUUUUUCUUUUCAUCUCUUUACGUUGUGUGCUCCCUACCCAUCUUGUCUACAGUGUUAGUGUAAGAGCUUCAGUUUUGGACACACCCAUUUAUCUGACUUAUUAGCUUCAAUUUCAAUUAUAUUGGAUUAUAUUUUUUAUCUCUCAUUCUGUUAUCAUAUUUAGUAAAUUAGCUUUCUCUCUUAGCUCAUUGCCUCUGCCUAUUUCCCCAUCUACACCUGCCUCCCCACCUUUUCUUUUCCCCCCUUCACUUUUACCAGGGUAUAGGACUGUGGGUCCCUCAAUCCCAUCAUAGAACCAGGCCAAAGUGGUUUAGAUCAGAAUGGUACAUAGUAAGCAAAGUUUCUUUAGCAAAACUGGUGGAAGAAGUUUCUUCCAUCCCUGGAGCUGUAAUUCCAAACAGGUAGUCUUAUUCUCAAUACAGAGAGCUACCUGCCAACUGAAGAGUCACCUCUAACUAGAUUUUGAGGGAUAUCUGUAGCCUAUAUAAUUUUAUGAGCUACCAAGACUUCUGCUCUGCUUUUCAACAGUAAUAGUUUGCACAUCAAAUAUCUGCCUUUAAUUAUGAAUUUGCAAAAAAAACCCAAAAAAAUAAAAAAA